AUGCAGAAACAUUCACCCGCCAAGGAGGCAGCAUCAGACAAAGGCACAGGGCUGGGUGGCGAGUGGGAGCGGUUUGGAUUCGAUUCUGCCGCCCCGCUGGAGGAGGAGAGGGAUGCAGAUGCUGACGUGGAGGAUGCAGACCUGAUUGCAGGGAUGGGCAGUGCUGAUGCGCUGGGAGGUGCAGACGAUCUUGCUCAUUUGGAUCAAAUCAAAUCUUCCUUUGUCUUCUCCUCCUUUUCUAAUCGCGGCGCUACCACGCAGGAAGCACACGAGAAUGCCAUCUUUGGAGCACCACCGUCUGCAGCUGGUGAGAAGCUUCCUUGUGGGCAAUCCAGCAAGGCUUCAGAACCCAACAGGAACAACCGGCAGUGUCCUGACAAAGCCCGCCGGCCAAGUGACCAAGGGCCGGAAGAGAGAGUGGGAGAAAAGGGAGACGAGAGGAGGAGCGAUAAGGAGGGAAGGCGGGGCACAGAGAGGAAUGAGAGGAGGGAGGAGAGGCGGAAUGAUUGGAGAGAUGGGCAACGUAGCGAAGGCGGGGGAGGGAGAGACAGGAGGGAGGUGAGGCAAGGGAGAAAAGAGAGGGAGGGGAGUGAGCGGAGAGAGGGAGGUCGAGGGAGAGAUGAGAGGAAGGAGAAGGAGAAGGAAAUGCAGCGAGGGGAGCAGGCAGAGCAGCAAGCAAGGGCAGUUAGGUCGGGUGGUGGGUGUGCAGCAGCAGUGGAGACCAAGUUCUCCGUGUCUGGAAGGAAGAGUGGCGCUGCUUCCACUGCUGCCCCUGAUGCAUUCACAGCAGCGGUGGCGGCAGCACUUGGAGUGGAGGAGGAGGAUGACGAGGAGAGUGUGCCUGUCAUCGUGGGACUUGUGGUCGACACACGCCCUACUGAUGAAGGCACACGCCCUGCUGGUGCUGGCACACUCCAGCCACAUGCAGAAGCAGUGCAGGAUGAGGUUGCUGGUGUGCCAACUGGCGUGUCGCCAUUGGUGGAGGGCUUGGCUGGUGAGGCGGCAGGAGGUGGAGGAAUGGAGGGCGGGGCGGCGUUGGCAUGCAAUGGGCAGCAGCAGGCAGCAGCUCGUGCACAAGUGCCGUCGUGGAAGCAACGUGCACUGCAGCUGAAGGCAGCUAGAGCAGCCAGUCAGCAGCAGUGA